AUGGAGUUAAAUAAAUCGGAAUUUGAAUUGGACCAGUACGAUGAUGAAAUAAUAUCUCAGGCACAGAUGGAUAGCGAGUGUAGUAAAAUAGGUAAAAGUAAAAGAAACAGGGAUGAAGAAGAAAAUGAAUGGAUGUUGGUAAAGAGAAAAGAAAAGAUUGUUAAAGUUGGGCACGAUAAAAUUGAGGUGUAUAUUUCAAGUAAUGAGAAGUUACCUAAGCAAUUUGGCUUAGCUAGGGUGUUGAAGGAGCAACAAAUUUUAGACAUAUCUAGAGUUAAAUAUUUAAACCCGUACAAAGUGCGUUUAGAUAUUACUAAUGAGAUGAGUGUAACCAAGUUGGAAACAUGUAAAGCGUUGAUUGAAAGGGGUUGGAAAGUUCAAAAAGCUAUGGAAAAAAGCGUUUCAUAUGGGGUUAUUAGGGAUGUUGAUAUGGAACUAGGUGAUGAGGAAAUACUUAAGAACAUUUCAUGUCCCAACAAUGCAGAACUUCUUUCCAUCAAGCGACUGCAAAGACGAAGUGCAACAGGAAGUGGUUGGGUUCCUAGUGAAUCAAUACAACUUUGUUUCAAGGGAUCGUUUCUACCAGCAUACGUACACGUUGAGGGUAAUCACAUGUCCUUGGCCAGGACCUGCCCAGCAUAUCAGCGGGAAAAAAGACUGAGGGAAUUGAUGGCAGAGUUUAAUUGUACAUAUAGAAAAGCGCUUACAAUUAUUGUAACACCUAGCUCUCCGGUGCAAGAGACAAACACCUCGAACAGUAAAAUAACCGGUUUAAGGUCGGAAGCUCCGCAAGCUCAGUCUACCUCAUAUAACCAGGGCCGCGAACAUGACCAGGUUACGUUUGCUCAGGUGGUUAAGACUGAGGCAAUAGUACAUAACGAAUCGGAACCGAAACAUAACGUCCGGAUCAAGAAGACACCGCGGCUAGGCGCCAGGAGAGCUGUCUCCCCUGAACGCCACGCUAAUUCCAUGGAUACACCAACAAUGGUCCAUUUGGAGGCCAAGACACCUCCGAAAAAGGAAGUGAACUUUAGUGAAUUAUUAAAUAGACUGAAAGAGAUCAUAUUUUUAAGAAAUGCAUCUAUACAAGACAAGAUAAAGGAGAUGGCCUCAAAAAGAAACAAAUUGAGCAGAGGCAAGCCAACAUCUUUGUUUCGAGAUGAUGAAUCUAACCACGAUCCAUAUUCUGACGAUGAUGGUGAAUAUGGUUCAGACCACAAUUACGAGCCCGCUGAUGAAGGUGAAGAUAGCAGCAGUGACUACAGUGAAAUUUUCGAUGUUCAUAGAAGUCGCUUUGAACGGAAUAGACAAAGAAUUGGGUCUGAAAGCGAGAAGUCGUAUCAUAUUUCUGCUGGCGAUCAAAGCGAUAAUGGCGAGCAGUUAGACCAGAAUUCUGUUAAUGAAAGAAGCUUUAAUGAAACCGAACAUUAUUCCGACACAAGCGAUUGUAGUAUUUUCGAUCACCAUUAA